UCUUGCAUGGACAUUUGUUCGUGUAAGAAAUACCUUGCGCGGGUCAGUAUAUUAUAGGGUUAUUGGAGGGAUUUAGGUGUAACUUCGUCAGACCACCAGACCCCGUCAAUGUGUUGGCUGCAUCUCUUCACUGACUUCGCAAGUGACUUUUCGUUAGAAUCAUUAGCUCGGUGCUUCAUCAGUACCCACCUUCAGCACCUAGGCUCCUGUGAGCGAUAGUUUGAAUCAUGGCGGCGAUGAGGCAGGGAAGGGGUAGUGCAUUCUCACACAUUGCGGUUUUAGUGGUGUCCCUGUCGAUGUUUCUGAAGGGGACGCUCGCUGCGCAGUAUGUGGUGGGAGGGGAAUUGUCCAAGUGGAGUUUCCUUCAUUCGAACAGCAAGCUGUCUUUCUACAACGACUGGGCGAAGAACAUCACUCUCAAAACGGGCGAUUCUCUUCUUUUCCAGUAUGACAAUGCCACCCACAGCGUUUAUUAAUUGGCGUCGGAGGCAGAAUACAUAGCGUGCACCUUGCCCAAGACCCCUGUCGGUAAGUGGGUAAGUGGGCGUGACUCUGUGUUCAUCAGCAACGCUGGGACAUAUUACUUCAUAUGCGGCACUCCAGCUCAUUGCGCACAGGGCAUGAAGUUCACGAUCGUCGCGACUGGGGCUUUUGUUGCGGCGCCUCCUCCACCUCCGCCCGUUGCAGGUGCUCCUGGUCCAGCAAACCACACUGCACCCACUACAACCUUCUCCAGCGCCGUCUCUCUUUUGGCCGCCCUUUCAUUGUCCGCGACGAUUGCUGUUGCAAUGUAACUGGAUUACUUGACCAGAUUUUAAUUUGGUGAUAGAAUGUGGUAUUCACCGCAUCGAUGAAUUCUUAAUGCUAUGAAUCUCGGGGAGCUUCGACCUGCGACCUUCUGAGCGAAUCAGGCAUCACUGCGAGCAGCAUGACAGCGUAGUAUAGGCAGUGAGAUUUUGUAAGCUUCUGAUCACGACCAAUGUCUCUUAGUUAUUCAUUCUUUCACCAGGUCAGUAAAAAUAUCCAUUACAUGGCUUCAGUGCCAUCAAGGUGUCACACGCAUUUCUAAUAUAAACCCUGUUCAUAAUUCAUAGACUCCAAA